AUGAGCUGGAAGGUAGUUGGCACUUGGGACAUCUUGGCACCAUUGACCUCCCCCCAAAAAGGAUAUGUUUCUUGCUUUGCACCUGUGGGAUUAGCAGCAUUUUUGCUGGUAGCGGCGCCGGACCAAGGAGUCACAGCAAACUUCAGUUUGUAUUUUGCACACCUUCAGUUUUUGUUCCCUCUCCUGCCUCUCCUCGGGGUGACCAAUGGACAGUUGCACAAUGAUGGCGCAAAAACAUCGCAGCAACGAUGUUCCCUCGCCAUGGGUGUCCUGACGCUUUACACUUCCUGCAGCCUGGUGGCCUUGGGUGUUUCUAAGACUUUGCAGUUGGAUGAUUUCCGGCGGCUCCGGAGGGAGGCCUCCGCACUGCUGGGCGAACGCCCAAGUUUCUUGCGGAGUUUGGAGGGCCCCAGAAGACUUUGGGGCCAUGGAAUGGAAGGUGUUGGAUUGGGUCGCCCCGAGAUCAUCGUGGACAUCGAUUUCCAAGGUGCAACGCAUCCCCAGCCAAUUUCGAUAAGGUUGUACUUCUCGGAAGGCAAGAUCAAUGCAAGGUGGCUACUUCCUUCCAGCCCACGGGGGGAGGACAAGCUGAAAUCCUUCAUGGAAAGCCUGCUGAGGGGCAGCCCCUUGUCACAUGUGGUGCCUGCACUCUGGGAGCAAGUCAUCUCACCGGAAGCCCCAUGGGGGGCGACCCGAAGCACAAGCUACCGCGCUCGUACCUUGCACCGUGAACUCUACGGCUCUUGGCUCAGCUUCCUUGAUCCAAAUCUACUGCUUCUUCUCAAGCGGUUGCAACAAGGCUCCACAGGCACUCACACAGCAUGUGGCCGAUGUGUGGGGAAGAAGGGACCUUCUUUCCCGGGCUGGCGGCAACUGUUUUUGAAGCUUGGGUUUGAGGAGAUCAGCCGAGGCGUGUAUGCCUUCCAAGCUAUGACUCCCCGAUUUUGCAGCCUUUUUCUUCAAGAGCUAUCAUGGUUUGAACACGCUGGCUUGAGAAGAUCUCGGCCGAACUCAAUGAACAAAUAUGGGACUGUGCUUGAUGAAAUGGACCUCUCACCUAUGAUUGCACACUUUCAACAACAAGUGCUACAGCCUUUGUCACGGCUCCUUUUCCCUGGCAUUGGCGAUGAACUUGAUGGCCACCAUGCCUUUGUUGUGCGCUACCGGGUUGAAGGGGCUGGAGACAUGGACCUGGCACCGCAUCGUGAUGAUUCGGAAGUCACUUUUAACUUGGCCUUGGGCCGGCGAUGGGCAGGCUGCGAGCUAACCUUCUGUGGCCUUAUGCAGGACCAAGAUGUAUACCAUCAUCGGCUUAGCCACAAGUUUCCAGGUGAAGGCUGGGCGGUGCUGCAUUUGGGCCGCCAGGUGCAUGGCACCGAGAAGAUUCGCUGGGGAGAACGCGCCAAUCUGGUGAUUUGGAGCCGCAGUUGGGCGUGGCGAGCCGCAGGUCGGAUCCACGUUUAA